CCGGUCACUCCUACUACAACCCCGGUCACCACAACACCUCCCUCCCAAUUUUACCGUCACUUCUCCUCAUCCCAUCUUCCCACUUCCUCUCCGUCCCUCUCUCUCCUUCCCCUUCCCCUUCCCCUUCCCCUUCCCUUCUCUGCCUGUAAUCGCCCGGGAAGAAACAAAAAAGAACAUUUAAGUUAAAGGACAAAAAAGGAGAAAUGGGUGAGCCAGAAGAACCAGAUAAGAAUAUUGCCCGGCACAAGAAGUCGGAGGGGCUUUUGACUUCCCCUGCUCAGCCGCCCGACAGAGAUUCUUUAAUCAUGGAUCUUGAUCUCGAUUUUGAUGCUUGCUGGUCCUUUGAUAACUUCUUCUCAGCUGUCGCUUCCUCCUCUGCUUCCCCGUUUCUACUCUCCACUUCCGACCACCCUUCUUCUCCCCUCUGGGCCUUUUCAGAUGGCAGUAAUAAUAAUGAGGAUAAAGCACCCGUGAAUACAGCUCCCCUUUCUGACUUCUCCAAAAUCCUCCCUUGUAAUACUGAUUUGAUAACAGAAAACAUAUGCGGGAAUGCUGAUAAAAGAAAGCCGCCUUCAUCAACUUUGGAAUUGACUCCAUUGGAUUAUCCAGAUGGUUAUUGUACAAUAAAGGAGAAAAUGACGCAGGCUCUCAGAUUCCUCAAAGAUUCGACUGAACAGCAUGUCUUGGCGCAGGUCUGGGUGCCUGUGAAGAAUGGUGGUCGCUGUGUACUCACAACUUCAGGACAGCCAUUUGUUCUUGACCCGAAGACUAAUGGGCUUUACCAGUAUAGGAUGGUCUCUGCAAUGUAUAUGUUUUCAGUUGACGGGGAGACUGAUGGAGAUCUUGGAUUGCCUGGUCGCGUAUUCCGGCAAAAAUUGCCAGAAUGGACCCCAAAUGUGCAGUAUUAUUCAAGCAAAGAGUAUACACGCCUUGACCAUGCUCUUCAUUAUAAUGUUCGAGGGACUUUGGCCCUGCCAGUAUUUGAGCCUUCUGGUCAAAACUGUGUUGGUGUACUCGAGCUCAUAAUGACCUCCCAGAAGAUUAAUUAUGCUCCUGAGGUUGAUAAAGUAUGCAAAGCACUUGAGGCUGUUAACUUGAAAAGUUCGGAGGUACUGGAUCAACCAAUCAUACAGGUAUGCAAUGAGGAUCGGCAAAAUGCGCUGACUGAAAUAUUGGGGAUACUAACGGAGAUAUGUGAGACUCACAAAUUACCUUUAGCUCAGACAUGGGUUCCGUGCAGGCAUCGGAGUGUCCUAGCAAAUGGUGGGGGUUUAAGGAAGACCUGCAGUAGUUUUGAUGGAAGUUGCAUGGGACAAAUCUGCAUGUCGACGACUGACGUAGCAUUUUAUGUGGUGGAUGCUCAUAUAUGGGGUUUCCGUGAGGCCUGUGCCGAGCACCACUUGCAGAAGGGGCAGGGUGUUGCUGGGAGGGCAUUUGCUUCCCACAACCUGUGCUUUUGCGAAGAUGUCACUCUAUUUUGCAAAACUGAGUACCCUUUGGUGCAUUACGCACGCAUGUUUGGUUUAAAUAGUUGCUUUGCUAUCUGCUUACGAAGCACUCACACUGGAGAUGAUGAUUAUGUCCUAGAGUUUUUUCUGCCACCUAGCAUCAGAGACCAUACAGGGCAAAGGGCUUUGUUGGAUUCACUCUUAGUGACAAUGAAACAGCAUCUAGGGAGUCUUAGAAUUGCUUCUGGAAAUGAACUUCAACAGGAUUGGAGAUCCGUUGACAUUGUUAAAUCAUUGGUGGGUGAGAAGCUUGAUUCAAGACCUAAACUAUUUCAAGCAUCAAAACCUGCAACAACAUCUACCGCCUUAACUGUUCCAGAGAUGCUGCAGCUUGAUUCCAUCGAAUUGCAGCGACCAACAUUGGGUGACAAUUGUGCAAAUGAUGUGGCACAUGGGAGUGGUGCAGCUCGAGUCCAGAAUGCUGUGUCUAUUGCUGAGAAUAAAGACACGGGCAAGAAAACAGAGAGGAAACGUGGGAAGGCAGAGAAAACAAUUAGCUUAGACGUUCUGCAACAAUAUUUUGCUGGUAGUCUUAAGGAUGCAGCAAAGAGUCUUGGUGUGUGCCCCACUACAAUGAAGCGCAUAUGUAGGCAGCAUGGCAUUUCUAGGUGGCCAUCUCGCAAGAUAAACAAAGUAAAUCGCUCUCUUUCAAAGCUUAAGCGUGUGAUUGAAUCUGUACAAGGUGCUGAAGGUGCAUUUACUUUGACUUCUUUGGCUACAUCAUCACUUCCUGUUGCAGUUGGUUCCGCUUGUCGGCCAUCCAGUUCGAGCGAACCUCAUCAACUAGGCCAUCCUGGGUCUGCACCAUCUCAUGAUUUUCCUGGGGAUAAGAAUGAAUCUUCUCUGCCUAAUGGAUUCGAGCAUGAUGAGAAGGCAGAAACCUCAAAUGAAUUGCCAGGUGGCAGAAUAGGAGAAGAUGGGUUUCUGCCAGGUGAAGGCUCACACAGGUCCAAAAUUGGAGGUGGGUCAAGGGAGGAAAGCGCAGGGACUCCUACUUCACAUGGCUCGUGCCAAGGUAGCCCCUGCAUCAGAAAUGGCUCCUCCCCUCUUAAUGAACUGGUGGUUUCACCAUCACUUGAACAGAACAUGAGAGUAGGGGGCUCAGUGGGAUUUACAUGUCAACCAAUGGGUGAAAUCAAUUUGUCUGCUGGCUUCUCAGCAGAUGCUUUUGUGAGUGUAGAACCCCAAGAGCCAUUUGGAGGGAUGCUAAUUGAGGAUGCAGGAAGUUCACAUGAUCUACAAAAGCUCUGUUCAGCUGCUGAGGCCCUGUUUGAUGAACGCGUGCCAGAGUACAGUUGGAACGAUCCGCCAUGUUCUGAUGCAAUCCCUAAAGAAUCCACAGCAGUUGCCACUGAAAGAAUGCCAGGUUUUUCAGCUAAGCUUGAGUUGAAAACCAUUACGAUAAAAGCAACAUAUAGGGAAGAUAUCAUUAGAUUUCGUCUCCCUUUGGAUUCUGGUAUUGACAGGUUAAAGGAGGAAAUCGCCAAGAGGCUGAAGCUGGAGCUCGGAACUUUUGAAAUCAAGUAUCUAGAUGACGAUAACGAGUGGGUUCUUAUAGCAUGCGAUGCUGACCUGCAGGAGUGUGCUGAUGUUUCGAUAUCAGCAGCCAGCAAUUUAAUCAGACUCGUGGUUCAUGACCUAAUGCCCCUACUCGGGAGUUCCUGCGAGAGCUCGGCAUAGUGCAGAGGAUUGCUUAGGUGUAACAUAGGUAAAGCUCCUAGAAAUUCUUUCCAGUGGUAGGAUAUAUUUCUUUUUUUUUUUUUUUAAGUGCAAGUGUAAAUCUUGGUGUUGCCAUGCUAGCAUCUCGUAGAUAAUAAGAAAUUUUCCCAUUAGGAGAAUAUUUUGUCUUCUUGUUUAUUACCUGUACAUACAGAUUACAGCUGAUUGAUUUGGAAAUUUGGAAUGUCAUUGUGAACGGAAACACAAACACCCCACCUAUUGGAUA